AUGACAGUUGGGAUAAAGUCAAUUAAGGCUGCGCCAUUUAUCAGCACUUUUUCAGGACAUAAGAUAAAUAAUGUAGGUUCUAUUCAACGAAUUACAUUCCUAAAAGAACGUCAGUUGGUUUAUUCAACAAAAGCAAAUGGGGAAAAGCAAGAAAAAAAUGAAUCCAAGGUGUCAAAGACAGAGAUAUACGAUAAUCAGUUAAAGAAAAAUACUUCUCUGUACCAAACUCCCCCUUUAAUAAACACCGAACUUAUUUACGUAUUCGUUGAUAAUUCUAAUGUUUUUAUUGAAGGAAAAUAUGCAAUUUCCAAACUUGAGAAUUUGGGCACAUUUGAUAACAAAAGGCAUUCUCUAUGUUUUAACCAGUUUCAUAUCGAUCAUGGUAAACUUCUUGCAACGAUCCAAGAUAAUCGUAAGUUGGGUGAUGCUCCGGUAUUUGUUGGGUCACGCCCAUCACCUAAUGAUUCACUUUGGAGGAAUGUUCGGGAACAGGGAUGCAAUGUAAUGGUAUACGAUCGAAAUAUUGAAAAUCGUGUGAAAAAAGUUGAUGUAGCAUUAGCACAUGCUAUUGAUAAAGUAAUUUUCACUAAAAGUCCCGGUAUAUUGGCAUUAGUCUCUGGAAAUAGUGACUACGACCCAAUAGUAACAACUGCCCUCAAAUGUAAUUGGAUAGUUGAAACAUGGUUCUGGAAUAUGGGGAUGUCCGGUGAGCUUAAGGACAAGACAAUUUUCACUCCUUUAGACUAUCACUAUAAGUCCUUUUCAUGUGGUUUUGGUCCUGACUUCGAAAAGAACAAUCAGGUUCUUGAAGUUAUUGGUCAUAAUCUUCAGAAUUGGGGAAACAAAGAAAUGAUCAAUAUAUUCGCUCCUUUAAACGUAUUCG